AUGAUUUCUCUUAUCAAUAUACAAACAAGAAACACCAGGCAGUAUCCACCUAGUCAAGCAGGCAUUCAUACUGUUUCCUACCCAGGUCUAGAAAAGACUUUGUCUUUGGACCAUCCUCCUAAUCUACUUCCAUUUCUUCAGCAACGUUUGAUUCAACCCACUCCAAAGCUGCAUCUUUUACAUCCGCAACAGCAGCAUCUAAUUCCUUUUACCCCUACUAAUUGUGCACACGAUGGCUACAUGGAAAGUUCACUGAUGACCGGUUUACCUUUGUCUGCUCAGCCAAUUUGGGAAACUACGAAAUGUGUUGCUAACACACCUCUUCUGGUUGGCUCUGCACGACGGUCUCAUCCAAUCCCCCCUGCCUCCGGUUCCUUUGUGAAGUCACUGCAAUCGUCGCCUGCAAUGGCUACGGGAACGGCUUUCGCAUCGAAUUUUCAGCCUCAUUCACCAGUUAGUCUCGUUGGACAGCUUCAUUCCCCCUCGGUCAGUGGCUCUAGCGCUGGAAUCUCUCCUCCUUUGCUUAUAUCAAGCCAAGGGCAAUACACCUCGGAUGCCAUUUCUACCUGUACCUCUUACUUCUCCAUGAACCCCACUAUUACUAUUGCAACUACUGGAAUCAACACUCGUGUGCAGUCAACAGUGACUGCGUUUCCUAGAACCAAUCCGAUUGCUUCGCGCAACCACCCUUCUGCUUUAAGAGCUUUGGGGCCCCUUGAUGGUCAGGGAGCCACUACAUCCGGCUCUGGAGAAACUGAGGCUAUCAUUGAUGAAUCGGGAUUUGAAAAAAAGUGGCGUGUAGUCGUUAGUUCUGCCACUCUUCCAACAAAACGAUUUCAGCCAACACACGCACCGUCCAUUGUUGCUGCCACUGCCCUGCCAGUGGUCGGGUCAGAAAACUCUCCUACUACCAGUAAUUGCCUUGUGAUUGAGGCAAAAAGGCCGGAGGCCCCAACUUUCCAUGAUGGCCAACCCACAUCACCUUCACGAAGAACUCCAGGACCUCGACUGACAUCCGACUUGGUUGAUGAGGAUAUGGGAGAUGAGCUUCUAUUUCUCUGUCCGGAUCGCAGGCUCCCAGGGUGCCGAAUCUCAAACGAACAUCGACAUCAGGCAAGUUUUUCCAUUCAUCUUCCUAGGUAA